AUGGACAGCACCAAAGAAAACAGACCUGCACCAACCACGAACAGCAACAACAACAACAGCAACAACAACAACAACAACAAUGCUGUACGAUGUUGCGCGGGGUGUGGCGGCAAGAUCAUCGAUCGCAUAUUGCUGCAUGCCGUAGAUCGAUUCUGGCACACGGGAUGUCUAAAGUGCUCUUGCUGCAAUGUUCAACUUGGCGAGAUCGGACACUCGUGUUUCUCCAAGGCAGGAAUGAUUCUCUGCAAGAAAGAUUACCUCAGACUAUUUGGUACAAGCGGAGCAUGUACAGCGUGUGGGCAACAGAUCCCUGCUAACGAACUCGUGAUGAGGUCUCAAAACCGGGUCUAUCACCUCAAGUGCUUUGCCUGUAGCUCAUGCCACAUACAACUGCAUACUGGGGAUCGGUACACGCUAGUCAACGGCAGUAUCGUCUGUGAGAACGACCACAGCAAGCUCUGCAAGUCAGCGGCGCAUCACGCCAUGGCCUCCAGCCACGCCCCCGGCCUGAGACCGGGUAAUAGAGUAGGCACAUAA